AAGCACGCACAAAAAGCGAGCGGAGAGCGAAGAAAAGAAUGAGCAGAGGAGACCGCGACUGGUCCACGGACAGGCAAGGGAAGGGAGGCCAAGCUCAGAUUAUACCUGGCCGCAAGGUGAAGGAGAGGUGCCUGCCUGCCUGCGCAUUCCUCAGUUUAAGCGAGAGAAAGAUCAGAGACGAAACAAACCAGCGCGCGCGUGUGAGUGUGUGUGUCCAAAAUGGAGUGGUCCCGUCGGACAGCCAGCGAGCGUCCGAAGGCAUGCACCAGCUAGUGAGUGUAGUGAGGGAGCCGGGGGCACGCGACCCCUCGUCGCUGCCCCCCGCCCUGCCCCCGAGGCCCCCACCGAGACCGGUGGGCAUGGGCACCGUGGCUCUGCUGCACAUCGAGCCGACUGUGACCGUAGUUACCACUUCGCCACCCACUCCCGGACAUUACGAACCGGCUCCAGACCAUGUCCAUCAAAGCCCUGACGGAGGCGCGACAGUGGCGCAGGUGGUGCAGGCGCCCGCUUUGCCCGCGCCCAACGCCUCCACCUACCAGCCGACCACAAGCACCCAGUGCUGGAGUUCCGCCCUCAGGAAGUAUGUCAUCCUAUGCACCGCAUGUGGGGGCAUGGCCGCCCUCUUGGGAGCGCUCUUCCUGCUCGUGCACUUCGUGCUCAGGGCGCACACUUCCUCACUGCACUAUUUUGAAACUGUUCCCACCUACGUCCCAGCAACCAUGCUGACGCUGACCGGACUGGCGGUGAUGGGCUUCGCUCGCAGGAAAAAUCGCUACAGCUACUUGAUCAAAGUGUGCGGCGUCUGCUGCCUGCUGAGCGCUGUCCUUUGUGUGAUCGUCACGGUGACCACCACCGUGAUCCAUAUGAACAGACUGCAAACACUCAGGGAGUGUGUCUACACGCAGAAGAGCCAGGCGUGCACCUGCUACUCGGGCCUGGUGCAGGACCCGUCCGUCACCUCCGAAGAAAGCAUGAGGUUCGUGUUCCACAACACUCCAGACUGCGAGGUCGUCCAUGGAGCCCUCUACUCGUGUCUACGCGCCCUUUUCGGCCUCUCCGUGAUUGGCAUUCUGGUCUGCAUUUUCUCAUGCAUGCUCGUCUACCAGUUGCUCAGCCACGAAAAGAAAAAGAUGUACUGGGAGCAGCUGGAGAUGCGGUGUCGGUACCUUUACGGUCGUCGGCCGUUCUCGCAGCACCAGUACACCUACUGCGGCUGCAGCUGCGACGACUGUCCCCGCGCGGCGGCCGCCGCCUCCACCUCCACCAUUGCCCCGCAUACAGAGGUCUUCCAACCGUGGCCGGCAUGGCAGUGGGACGCUGCAGAGGAGCGCUACUGGACGCCGCCCAGGGUCGGCAACCUUUACACCCCGAAUCCUGAGGACCAGGUUGUACAGCAGCACCAACAACAACAACAGCAAAGCCGGGAGUCUACUGCGGGCAGCAACGCGCGCUGGAGCUGGCUGCCUUGGAACAGGGCGACGCUGCACGCGGUGGAAGCGCCCGAGGUGGAGCAGCAGCGGCCGCUCAGGACUGAUCCGGACAGCCAGUACGGCUUUGGCGUUCGAGCCGCCACCACCACCGCAACCAUCAUUCAAACGCCGAGAGGGCACAUGACCUCAACCGUGGUUCGACCGCUGACGGCACAGGCGUUCAUGACUGACGCGAGCUCCAGUUACAUGUGGGGGCCACCGCCGCCCUACUCGCAGCCACCGUCGACCGCUGGAAACUCGGUGGCCAACAGCCCAUCAAGACAGGCGGCACUGAUAGCACAAGCAGAGCAACACCAUGCCAGCCUCUGUCAGCGGCAGGUCUUACAAAGUUUGGCGGCCUCUCCCGCGCUGCACCACAUGCACAGCCACUGCGAGCAGCAGACCUCCACCCCCUCCAGCCCCCAAAACCUUCCAGUCAGUCCUUUGCAGUCGCCAGUCAUUAAUGCAAGACACGCCAGCACACUUUCUGCCAGUACGUAUUGUACGCGCUUGAGAGCGGAAAAUAUUCAGGCUAUCAAGUCGUUGGCAGACCUCCCCCAGCCAGCAGUGACCAAUGCAGCAGGCUCAUUACCCUCAAGAAAACUAAAGAAAAAAUCUAUUGACGCGCAAAUUUCUAAAGUUGACUCUCAGGAGUCUGAAAUUUCAUCUGCCAUAUCCCCAAAUGACUCACCAAGUAGAAAAGGACUCGCAAGCAGUCUCAGGGGGCUCUUUGGCAACAUGCCUGGAAGUCCCGUGAUGGUGCACCCAACUCCAAGAUGUCUUGCCCAGUCUGCCCCAACAAGUGCCAUCAACAGUCCCCUUAAGUCCGCCCCAAUUCCAGCCGUGCGGCGUCACUGCGUUGAGUCCUUGAAACCAUCAACGGAGGCCGCCGAGUCGGAGCUGUACUUUGCUGACGUAUCCUCGUGCAACGGUGGCCCCGACUCGUCCCUGUACGACGAGCCAUCCAGCACACCCGAGGGAUGCUCGCAGCAACAGUCGCACUACUCGUCCAUUCCGCACCACCCCCGCGGUCGCAGCUUCAACGAGCGCAUCGCGCCGGACGCGCAGUACGAACCCCGGCAGCAGGGCGGCGGCGAGGACGACGUGCCGAUGCGCGGCGACAGCGACGCCACCAUCGACUCGGGGGUGCACAGCGGCUCCGAGGCCGCUCUGCAAAGUCGGCUCCGGCCGACGGCGCUAAGGUCCAUGGAGCAGUUGAUGACCACUCGCUCGGUGAACGUGUGAUCGACGGACAAUGCGCUUUUUACAGUGCUGUUAGAACUCGACCUGUGAGAAGGACUUCCAGUUUCCGUAGAGACAAAUUUGAGACAUUUUGUAUAAUGUGGAAUAGUUUUUUUAUCAUUUUUAGUUUUCCCUUCGAGAUGCGUGUAGUGCUGAAAUGACACUAAUAGGAGUUUUACAACAAUCAAACCAGCACCAUUUUAAAAAAGUUGUGUUUUUACCAUUUAAUAUUUUAUGACUUUGGAACUUUAAAAGCUGAUUUAGUUUAUUUUUAAAAAUCUAUAUAUGUCUGUGCUCUUUUUGAAACCCUGUUUCGUGAUGUUUUUAUAGAAAAAUCAGUGAUUUUCUCGCUUCAUGCAAGUGGCGAUAAACAUGUGGCUUGUCGAAAAAGGAAUUAAAAAUUACGUAAUGUUAGCAAAAAUAGGAAUAGUAUAAUAUGGGAAAUGAUAAAUUGUGUCGAAAUACGUUGUGUACAAAUCAAGAGAUUAUAAAAUUAAUAGUAUUAGACGCAGCAGUGAACACAAGUAUUAUUGAAUGUUAUUUAUUGAACCGAAAAUUGGAGAUAAAAUAAUAUACCAAAAAUAGAUACAACAACAAAAAGAGUUUCAU